CGUCUCGUCACCUAGAUACCGAGCGAGGGCCCCGGGCAGUUCGGCGUGGUCGUUCGCGGCUCUAUUCCGAUCGGAUGCGGCACGAUGUCGGCAGCGCUGCUCAGGAAGGGGCUAGAUCUGAUGAGCGAGGAUGUAAGAGGGCAAGGUAAGAAGAUGAAUCGAGGACACUCGUCAGAUGCUGGCCGCUUGCUCAAUACAAGCAAGAAGGGGAGAAGGAAGGAAUUGGAGAGGAUUCGCAGGCAACGGGAAAAGAACAAAGCUACCGUUAAAGGGAAGGUAGUUAAAUCAGCACUGGAGGAAUACAGGAAAACCAGAGCAGCUGAUCAUACAGAGGCAAACCUCCAGUACAUGCUUGGUUCCCAAUUCCUGACCGAGAGCAGUGUCACUGAGAAGGUGGAGACAUACAAUCGAGGAAGGAAAGCAAAGGAUCGUCCAAAGGAAAAGAAAGUGAAGAAAAAAGAAGAAACAAGCAUAUUUUCGGAGAACGAUUUUGCGAAGUUCCAAAGAGAGUACUUCGGGACAAUCUAAACUGGACAGCAGGUUUGGUUUUGUUAAAUUGUAAGAAGAUGUGGCUGCUACACUGAACUGGAGAGGAGGGAUCACAUCAUCACUGUGUCACCUACCUAUUGUGGAUAGAGCCAAAAGAAAAAUCCUGCAUCCAAAACGAAAUGCUGGAAAUUCUCAGCAAGUCAGGCAGCAUCUCUAGAGAGAAAUGAAUUUAAUGCUUGAGACUGGUGAUCCUACAUCAGAACAGAAACCUGAAAUGUUCACUCACCAAGAUGCUGUCUGUGUUUCUUACCUUUUCUGUUUUGCCCUGAUACAGUUUUGUGUUUGUUUGUGAGAACAAAAUGAAGGUAUAACCCCAGGAAUCAAGA